UCUGUUCCGCCAUUAAUGGCUGCCGAGAUUCAUGCAUUCAUUCAAACUCUGUUCCUGAUUGCCUCUUCUCUCUGCCUCUGUUUCUCAAUUAGAAACUCAAUCCCAAAUGGGUUCCUCAAAUUCCUCUUUGUUCUUCCCUUCUUCUUCCUCUUCCUCUACAUUCCUCUCCAAUUCCAAACCAUCCAUCUCCGCGGCACCCUCGGCUUCUUCAUCGGCUGGCUCGGCAGCUUCAAGCUCCUCCUCUUUGCCUUCGGCAAAGGCCCUCUCUGUUUUGCCGCCACCUCCUCCUCCCUCCGCCGCUUCCUCGCCGUCGCCUGCCUCCCAAUCGACAUCCCCGAACACAAAUCUCCGCCCAACCGCUCCGAUCCCGAUCCGCUUCUCCCUCUGAGCUUCGCCGCAAAAUUAGGGUUCCUAAUCCUCACAUUCGCCGCGAUCUAUUUCAAAAAUCGAUUCUACCCAAAUGUGGUUCUAAUUUUCUUCUGCCUCCUAAUUUACCUCCUCCUCGAAAUUCUCAUCGGCGGAGCCACCGCCCUGGCGGAGGCGGUGCUCGGAGUCGAGUUAUUGCCCUUUUUCGAUGAGCCCUAUCUCUCUGAUUCGUUACAGGACUUUUGGGGGCGACGAUGGAAUCUAGUUUCCUCCAGAAUCCUCCGCCCCGCGGUUUUCGAUCCGUGCCGGAAACUCGCCGGCACUGUCGUCGGGAAGAAACCGGCGGCGAUUAUAGCGGUUAUGGCGACAUUUGCUGUCUCCGGUGUUAUGCACGAACUGAUCUACUUCUACAUGGGAAGACUGACGCCGACUUGGGAGGUGAGUUGGUUCUUUCUGAUACAUGGAGUUUGUCUGGCGGCGGAGAUGGCGGUGAAGUCAGCGGUGGGCGGGAGGUUCCGGCCGCCGCGGGUUGUAUCUGGGGUGUUAACGAUCGGGUUCGUGAUGGCGACGAGUUUUUGGCUCUUUUUCCCGCAGCUUUUGAGGUUUAAAGCGGAUGUCAGAAUGCUUGAAGAGUACGCGGCUUUGGGCGCGUUUGUGAAGAGUGUGACGGCCGAGUUAAUCGGACCGUUGUUCAUUUCAUUUCAAGUCAAAUAAAUCUUUCAUUUUACCAACCUAAUUAAAUU